ACAUGCAGGUCCAGGGGCCAGUCUCCACUGUCUCCUGCUGCUCAGAGGGAUGCCUGGUGUCUGCCUUUGUGCCAUGAGGCAGGUUUCGGUAGGUCAAGCUUCCCAAAGCGCUUUUUAUCACGAGAACUUGUCUUUGUGUGUGCGUGACUGGAUCAAGUGAAUGCAGUUGUCAUUCGAGGCUCUCUGAGAGUGAUGCCUCGCGUGUGGGAUUUAUUACAGCCUGGAAUAACGCAGGCACACACCCAUCACAGUCUCAUGAUAAGUGGCUGACUAUCCUUCACCCUGUGGCAUUUCUAUAUCCCCAUGUGCACUGCCUUUUACCUUCUGUUGUCCAUCAGCUCCCAUGACCCAAGGACUACAGUGACUAAGUGUGCCUGUCUCAGCCUAAUAUAUUACUGCAGUAGCAGAAUGGAUGUGAUUCAUUGGGGAAUUUGUAUGUGGACAAUCACAUGUAUCUUAAUACAACUCACUUAAACCAAGAGACAUCCCUAGCUGCCUUCAGUGGAGUCUGAUGUAAUGAUACUCCUUAAAGUAGCAGCAAUUAAAGGAUUUGCCAUUAAGGCUAAACGGUAAUGUUGUGUAAUCUGUUUCCACUCACUAGAUCGACUGAUCUUCCUGCUGAGUCAGUGGAACUUCUUUAUAUUUGGGCUUUGAACGGCUCAUGCUCCCAAAAAAGGGGGAACUUGUCCCAAAUAAGAUUCCUACUCAAGCCCUCCGACAUUUAAAUGCAGGGAUGCGUCUAUGCUUCAUGAACAUGUCUGUUAAACACAAAUACCAGCAGGUCUCUGUUUGAGCCCUGAAGCCGACUAACACCUAGCAACUGUUUAGUGGCUGCUCUGUUGGUGGUGUAUAAGAUGCCAUGGAGACCUUCAUUAUAUUUCCUAAAUAGCUAAAUAUUGGCAAAGCUUCAUAGCCACGACACAUCUCACCAAAGACUGUGUUCUAGUUUUUCUACUUUGUGUAUUUGUGGCUGUUGCUUUUGUCUUUUGAAUGAAUAUAACUUUCCUUUUAUGUGCUUGUUAAGACGACUCAUAUUUGUUUAGAUGUCACAUCUUAAGCUCUGUGCCACUUCUUGUUCCCAGUCCCUGUAUCCAGUGGAUGCUCUAAUGUUGUUUGUGCCUCGCUACCAUGAGAAUUGGCCAGAUCUUAGCUAGUUGGCUUGACCGGCCACUGUGGACAGAUUCUAGUCAGGUCCUUUGGGGACCUGCUGCCUUUAUUUAUCCACUCAUGGGAAAAGAGGACCAGAGACCAGGCAUGACUGAUACUAAGGCACUCAUAAUCCACAGCAAGGCCAAGAUGACAACUUGGUUUGGUGGUGAACUAAUACUACUAUACAGUAAGCUGUAACGUCGCGAGUAGACAUCAUAUCUUACUGUUGUAACACAGUGAGGUUCUAGGGGGGCUCUGAUGGAGAGCCAGCCGACACACCUGAUCCAGGUAGUCAGCAGGGAAAGUUGGAAAACCCAGCAGGGCCUCAAGGACCAGGAGGCUUCCACCCCUGAUCUACAGAGUCCCCUGUGCUCUUCAUUUCUUGGGUUUUGAGGCUACACUGCCGGUUGCUGACCUGACAUGUAGAAGUGGAGUAAAAGGUAAGAAAGAUCCCUGCAGGUAGUUGGGGUUUUAUGUUUUUAGGAUGACUGACUUCCCACAAAUUCAGAAAUGAUUCACAAAUCUCUUUGUGAACUUUGUGCUUUACUCUUUUUGUGAUUUAAUAAUCAUAAACAUGCAUUAAAGAAGAAAUCAGAAUAAAUAGCAGUGCUAUAAUAGGCUUAGGUUUUGUAACCUGUGCCUUAUCAUUUUUUCUGUAAAAGGCUGACGGAUACUUUUAUUAUAUUUGCUGGCACAGUAUGGUCAUUGUUAAUGUGUGUGUGCACUUCUGCAUUCCCAUAUGAGUUUGCAUUGUUUUUUGCCCUCCUGCUGGUAAAUUAUUAAACUUCAACAUGAUCCUAUUUGUUCAGAAAACUCGUCUCCAGUCUUCUCCACCCUCCUGCUUCCCACACACCCGUCCUCCUGAUGUGGUGCACAGAUGAGAUGAAAACAAACACGGACAAGGGAGUAAACAUCUCAGAAUGCUGACUUAAUAAAAAGGCUCCAAGUGAAAACAAUAGCAGAGACCUGUGGGCUCGUGGCUCCCCGUGUUCACCAACACAGCUGCAGUGCAGUCAAGGCCUGUUGUUCGCUGUGCUGCUUCUCCUCUAGGUUCCUGUCUUACACCUUUGAGCUUGGGGAGCUGAAGUUGCUGUAUAUAUGUCAUGUCUCACCCUCUGUCAGCCUCAGAGCAGAUGGAAAUAAGUCAUCUGCAAGCAGCGUGAACUCCACUAAUAAGUUAUUGAUUGGGUUCCUGCGGAGUUACAGGGGUAGCAGAAAAAAACGAGGCGAAGAACAGUGUCGGAGGCUUUGAGGCCUAAUUAUCGUGUCUCAUAAAAACAAGGCCGAUGACUGAAAAUGUUAACGAGCAACUUUGCAUCUUUUUUCAUAGUUAAAAGGGAGUAAGAAUGGGUUGACAGUGAACACAGUAGUGGAUGUUCACGCUCCGAUUUAAAAGAAAUAUGAAAUUCCAUUCAGGUCAGAGUUCCCACUGAAUCGCCCCAAGCAGCAGAGCUCUGCAGUGCAGGUUUCCAGUAUUUUCCUGUCAGUUUCCUCGUAUAGUCAGCUUCUCCUUCUCUUUCUGAAACCAGCAUCUGCCUCUAGACUCAGGCACAGCUAGCAUACGACUGAUUUCUGUUCGCAAAGUUUCUGCAAGUGUUUGUCGCAAUGGAAGUCAACACAGACCACCAGGAGGAGGGCUCUGUGCGGCGGCUUCAGUUUAAAUUUGCUGCCAAAACCUCGCUGCUGUUGUGAGUCAAGGAAGGCUGUUUCCGCCUCCGCUGACCCCCUGCUGCAUGCUAACAUAAUCUCAGCAAUCUGAGCGAGGCGAAAAAAAAAUAAGGACGUUGUUCAAAUAGUCCUUGACAGUUGCCUUGAAGUCAUGCAGGCUGUGAUUAAAAACAGCAAAGCACAAACACCCUCCAGACCAAGCUCAAGAUCUACACAAUAACACUGUUAUUCAAAAGACGCGAUUGCCUUAUGACCACAAAACGGAGUAAAUACUAGCUGCGUCUCCGCAGGCUAAUUUCCAUAUCCCUACUGCAAUGACGACAGAUUCUAAAUGAAGCAUUUGCAUUGAUUGUUUAUUAACAGUUUUGCAGGGAAGUAAAUGCUUCUCAGUCAAAGUGGUUCUAAUUCGUUCACACAGACCCACUUUACAGUAACAACUGAUGAUGAGUUCGCUGACAUAUGUGUCGUGUGUUUAUGCAGUCCAUUAACAGCUGCAGAAAAAAUGUAUCAUGGUUUUAACUUGGUUAGAGGUUGAUCAAUAGGGGUUGCACUUUCUCAUGUGGCUUGUAUGAAGAAGCAAACAUUUCUACUUCUCAAAACUUCUCCUCCUCACUUAAAUGUAUCCGACCUGAUGUUGGGGAUGAUCCUGUGACAAAAACUAAGGGGAGUUUUCUGGGACCAUUAUUGCGUGUCUGUGAGGCCGGACCUGUUUAGUGGAUGUCAGUGUAGCAUUUUAAAAAUAAUUGCCAGAUGCGUUUCUUCCUGCUUCAUAAAUUAUUAAGUGCCUGUUGUAUUUGUAAUGCUAACUUCUAAAUAUACUGCCCAUAUGGACGUUAUAAAAUAUACAUGUUUCUAGUUAAAGAUGUCCAAGAUUAGAUUGUCCUAAGCUAACUUUGCAUCCUUGUCACCACCCACUCAUGGUCAUCUCACAUUUCAUAUGACGUGAAAUGUUCCUUGGAGUCCGAAGUCAUGCGACGGACUCUGUGAUGUGUUACUUGUCCCACUGUGCCUGUGUUCAGCCUCCCCGCGGAUGUUUGACACCGGUUGAUUAGUUUAUUAGAGACAGCGUGCCUUUCUUUAUAUCCGCUCCUAUGGACUCCCGUAGCUCGGACAAAAACAUCAUACAAUAGAAAACUGUGUUGCGCAACAUGUACAGGCCUGUCAUUAAACUCCUGUGGAGCCACUGGGAACAGUGAGCAGCAUUCAUCGUCAGUAGGACGGGACUGAUUUCGCUGUUUUUUUCAAUACUAGCAGCCAGGGUUACUGGAGACAAUGUGGAGGUUUUCCAGCUGAGAUCGGACUUUGUGUUUUUGAAUGUGAACUUGUUUCCGUAGCAACAAAUAGCCCCGCAGACCUUGAGGGGUAGCAUGUGUGUUUGUUUUAGCAGUUGGGUUUUUAUGGUGCACGUAGGCCAACGACGUUCAAAUAGGCGAGAGCAUAGAUAUUGUAGAUGAGUGUGUCAAAACCUUGUGUCUGGUGUGGCACCGACAAAUUCAUUUGAAAGAUGUAGAAAGUCUAAAAGACUGGUCUGCAGGAUCCAAUCCAUUUUUAUUUAAAUUGAAAGCUUAGCAUGUUUUCUGAGUGGAGCUCUGCUGAUUUUACAUAUUGAGGAUUGGUUUGAUGUCAAGUCAGAUAAUUCUACUAGAUGUGCACGUAUGAUUGCUGCAAAAGGAGGUGAGCUCAUCUUAUUGUAAGAGCCAAAGAGGCGGCUGAGCACACAGAGUUUGCUCUCUCCCAGUUACUAGCAUUAUUUCAGUUUAUCACAUCUACCCAUUCAAAUGCGGAUGUUGAGCACUGAAAGGCUUGUUGACCAGCUUGUUAAUAUUUAAACACUUCUGCAUAUUUGAUUUGACGCUUCAUUUUGCAUCCGUGCUUCUCAUACAUGUAGAUCAAGCUAUUGUUAUUGUGUUCUGUCCUAUUUGUCACCGUUCACCAAUUCCUUUGCACUCUUGUAAUAUCCCGGAUUGCUGCUUGUUUACGGAUAGCUAGCUCUUAAAAAUGCAGCCCUCUGACAGCAUAGCGGAGCUGGGUGUGGAGAGUAGCAAACAGGGAGAGCAUCCUGUCAGCACACCGGUAAAGAGUGGGUGUACGACGAUGAGCUCAUUGAUAUGUGCAUGGCAGUGGCUAAGUGUUUGGCUUAAUUACUUGUGUUAAUGAACAUAUUAUUUUUGAUUUAGCCCGACCUCCUCCGCGUUCAACUCCGGAGAAGCGGUUUGUAUGGGGAUGUCUUGCAGGCAAUUAAGCAUCAGUGUGAUGUUCUCCCAGUGACAAACAUGAAAGACGUGGGAAUAGUGUGUCUUUGCUUGCAUCUUAGUGUUGAGUUGAGUCUUUGCUAGUGGCAAUGUCAAAAUCAAUCAUUUUGAUAUGAAAACUAUGAUUUCUACUUGAGGAUUAUGCAGUGUUUAAAAUACUACAUAAUACUGUUCAUAUUUCACGUUGUAAUGGGUAUGAGCCAUAAUUCAGUGCCUCCUUUUGGUACUUGACAUUUUCAUGGGUACCUGGAGUCUAAACUAUUCCCACCAGUGACCCUGUGAGAAGCUGUGCCUCUGUUUUUCUCUUUGAGCAGGGGAACAUCCAAGGAUCAGCCACUCCUAUUGAUCGGCCGGCCAGCCUGUUGGCCAUUGGCUUGUUCAUUAUCAGUUUCCCUGGCAAAGGAAAACACGCCGACACUUUCUUUUCGGUUGGGUACCCUUGUGAAGUGAAAGAGAAGGUGGAGAGAAAAUGAAAGUCAGCGAUGGGAGACAACACAGAUCAAGCACCUCUGAGUGGGAGGCAACAUAAGUUGGUUUGAGGAAACGUGAACAGCAGAGGACAACGGGCUGAGGCAGCGUCUCCUCUGUGUUCGGGUGACCUGCCGUUAACCGGCGUGUAUGUGAAGCAGAGACAGCAGCACUGCUGUGUGACGUGUCCUUCAGCAUCGCCCGGCCACGGCUGCCUGCUGCGCAAGUUGGCAUAAUUUAAUUGAAGAGAGUGGAGUUUAAUGUGACAAAGCCCUGACUCAUUCGUCAGUUUGACUAAUGCUGCUUCCAGUCAAGGGCAGCGGUAGAGAUCGAGAGGAAGCAAGAGGGAAACCAGAGACACGUAUACCUGCAGCAGUCAAGACACCUUGGCUGUUCUCCUGCUCUUUACAUCACAGUAGCUGUAAUGUGUCAACCUAUGCAAGCUAUAUAUCACAUCUGAAUCCACCUAGAGCCUCAACCUUUAUGCUACACAAUGUGAUGUGUUGAAAAGCAGCUCUCAGGCAAUUAUUGAUCCUUACAUCCAUUGAUAAAGCGUUCUCCUAUUAAACACUGCAGGCUGUCACUGGGUGAGAGAUGACGUGCAGCUCCGACAAGUCAGCACUCCAUCACAAGGCUGACAAUUAUUCAAACUUACAUUUACACUUACAGGCAAUUAAUAGUCUCCAGUUGUACUAACUGCAUGCCUGUUGACUGUGAGAGGAGACCUGGGAGAUGAAACAAACUCCACACAGAAACUUUAAUUUACCACCUUAAUAUUAUCGCCUUUGAUGUAUAAGCUGUUCUCCUCAGUGUAAGAUCAUUCCCUUCCUGGUACUAAUGCACUGUGAUAUCUAUCCAGAGGUAGAUUAAAUAAGAUCCAAGGGCUGAACUAAGAUGAGUUCCUGGAAUGGUUCUGUGUGGAGUUGACGUAUCUGAGAGCAUCCAGUGAACGCAGACCAGCAGGAGCGGACUUUGCUCAAAGGUGUAUUCAGCGUCAGGAAGGGCAAGACCCAGCUUCAUAAGUGGGCAGAGCGACAAGUCAUUCUCUGUGGCACCUGUCUGAUCGUGGCCUCCGUGAAGGACAGCCUGACCGGAAAGAUGCACAUCCUGCCCCUGGUGGGGGGAAAGGUGGAGGAGGUGAAGCGGAGGCAGCACUGUCUGAUGUUCAGCUCGGCGGGAUCACAGGCCCAGACGUACUUUGUCAACUUUGACACGCUCGCAGACUACCAGCGAUGGCACCGGCAGGCAUCAAAAGUGGUGUCUCAGACAGUCAGCCUGGUGGAUCUGUCCUGUUACAGUCUGGAAGCACUGUCUGAAUAUUUGUUCUACAGCCAGGACAUCACCCACCUCAACCUGCGACACAACUUCAUGAGUUUGCAAGGCCCUGGAGGCCUGCUCAACCUGCCCAGGUUUUCCCAGCUGAAGAGCUUGAACCUGUCUCACAAUCGUCUGGGUUUAUUCCCUGAGUGUGUGUGUGAGAUUCUCACACUAACGGAGCUCAACAUAUCCUGUAAUAACCUCCACUCUGUCCCUGCACAGAUAGGCAACCUUCAAAGCCUGCAGACGUUGUCUUUGGAUGGGAACCACCUCAGCUCCGUGCCUGAAGAGCUGGGUGGCCUGUCCCAGCUCAACAGCCUGGGCCUCUCCUUCAACAACUUCACCCGCAUCCCUGCUGUGCUGGAGAGGCUGGGUGCAGUGGACAAACUGGCCAUGGCUGGGAACAGAGUGGACGGCCUGGAGUUGUGUACUCUGGCCAGAAUAAGCCACCUGAAAAACAUCGACCUCCGACUAAAUGGAUUGCGCUGGGUCAAAAGUGACCGUCCAGAGUCAGUGAGCCAGGUGACUCAGCUGGACCUGCGGGACAAUUGCUUAGAGUCCCUGGAUCUGAGCCUGGUUUGCAACCUGGAGACCCUGCACUGCCAGCGCAACCAGCUGGGCUCACUCACCCUCAGCGGCUUCACACUGCGCAUGCUUCAUGCCAGCAGCAACCGCCUUACAACAGUUAACAUCUAUCCAGUCCCCAAUCAGCUGACACACAUGGACCUAUCGCAAAACCUUUUGGAGUAUCUCCCGGACUGGGUGUGUGACUGCAGAAAAAUUGAGGUGCUGGACAUCACACACAAUCAGCUGUCUGAGCUUCCAUCCAGACUGCUCAACAGCUUGAGCUUGAGAAAGCUGCUGGCGGGGAACAAUCGUUUGCUGCGAGUGCCUGACCUACUUGACCACGUCCCUCUGGAAGUCCUGGACCUCCAGCACAACAAGCUUGGCGAACUCCCAGAGAGUCUCUUUUACAAGGCCUUAAACCUGAAAUACUUAAACGUGUCAGCCAAUUCCCUGGAAAGUAUUCCUCCUAGCAGUCAAUCAGAGGAAAGCCUCAGCACGCUGCAGGAGCUCUAUCUGACGGGAAACAACCUGAAUGAAAACUGCGGCGCCCUGUUGGUUGGGCACCAGAACCUGCGAGUCCUACACAUCGCCUACAACCAGUUGCUCUCCUUCCCUGCCAGUAAGUUAAGUAAGCUGGAACUGCUGGAGGAGUUAAAUCUGAGUGGUAACAAGCUAAAGACUGUCCCCUCCACUGUGUCCAGCUGUAAGAGGCUUCACACCCUCAUUGCACACUCCAAUCACAUUACUGUAUUCCCUGAGAUCCUGAACCUGCCUGAGAUCAAGCUUGUAGAUCUAAGUUGUAAUGAGCUGACUGAGAUCCAGCUGCCGGAUUCACUGCCUGCAACUCUUCAAGAGCUGGACCUGACGGGCAACAGCAGCCUGAUACUGGAACACAAAACCCUUAACCUCUUCAGUCACAUAACCACCUUGAAAUUAGACCAGAAAACCACCACAACGCCAGGAGAUUCACUGAGUGCCUCCACACCAUGGAGCCAUGGUUACUCUGAAAUGAGCGGCCAACGGAACAAGUUGUGUGUGUCUGUGCUGGCUGUAGACCAGUUUGGAGAUGGCGUGGAAGCAUGUUAUGGUAUCUUUGACGGGGACCGCAACGAGGAAGUGCCUCGGCUGCUGCAGUGCACCAUGGGAGAUGUGCUGUGUGAGGAACUGCAACACUCCAGCAUUGACAGUGUGUACAUGUGCAACACUUUCCUCACCUCACACAGGAAACUAGGCAUGGCUGGUCAGAAACUGGGAGCUUCUGCCUUGCUGUGUUACAUCCACCGGGAGCCUUCCGAUCCAGGGGGCUACCUCAGCCUUACUGUGGCCAACGUGGGCACCUGCCAGGCCGUGCUGUGCCGCAACGGCCGACCUGUACCUCUCUCGAAGGUGUACAGCUUGGAGAACUGCACUGAGGAGAUGGAGAGAGUUAAACUUAAUAAAGCCAUCAUUACAGAGGAUAACAAAGUGAGUGGAGUGACUUGCUGCUCUCGCCUCCUGGGCUGCUCUUAUCUCUCCCUGUGGGUGCUUCCAAAGCCCUGGGUGCACACAGAGGCUCUCUGUCCCCAGGAUGAGUUCUUGAUCCUGGGCAAUCGUGCGCUAUUUGAGCGGGUUUCCUACCAGGAGGCCGUGUGCACUGUUCAGGCUGUGCAGGAUCCCCGCGCUGCUGCCAAGAAGCUGUGCUCACUGGCCCAGAGUUACGGCUGCAAGGACAACAUCGGAGCUGUGGUGGUGUCCCUGCAUAUUGGCGAGGACAGCUGCACAUGCGAGCCACCUCUCUCCAGCACUGAACCCCGAGGUCCCGUUCCCGCCCCGGUGCCUGCGACUGUGACCCCAGGCCCCACUGACGCAGCCACCCUUUCCUCCAGCAGCGGCGUUGUCUCCGAGUUCAACAGUGAGACUUCGGCGUCAGAGGUUGGCAGUGAGGCAGGGUCCACCGCCUCCGAUGAACAUCCGACCUCUGGGCCUGCUUUCCGCCCAGAGAGACGUUGUAGCCUUCACCCUGCUACUACAAUACCACUGUGUGGGAUCAUGGUACCAGGCUCAGCUGGGACAGGUACCCAACCGGGCCUGUUCCAGCGACAGCCCUCCUGUGCUACAUUCUCUAGUAACCAGUCCGACAAUGGCUUGGACAGUGACGACGAAGCUCCACUUGAGGGCGUAAUCUCCAAUGGCAGUAAAUUAGAAGUGGAGGUGGAUAUACAUUGCUGUGCUUUUCAGCUUCGAUCAGGGGCUCCAGAGAGCCCUAAAGACACAGACUUGGAGAAGCGAGGAUAUGACUAUCCCAAUGGCAAAAUGCGCCGACAGAACAGUGUGGUGGUUUCUGCUACGAACGGCUGUCUGCUGGCUGUGUGCGGUAGAGAAAUCACUGAUCUCAAAAAGUCUCCUUCCACAUCCAGCUUGUUUGGGAAGAAGCUGUCCAAUGGCUCUGUGGUUGUCCCAGAGGACAGUCAUAAUCUUAUUGAGGUAGCCCUGGAAGCCCCUAAGAAGAAGUCAGGCUACUUCACUGCGCCGGCACAACAGGAUCUGGAGGACCAGUUAAUUGUGCCUCCCAGUCUGGAGCAGGAGGUCAGGGAACAGCUGAGAGCCCAGAGCCCUCUAGUUUCUACACCACCUUCCUUAAAAGACACCGUGUGGGAUCAUCCACACCCUCCUGCAUUUGCCUCCAACCUGGUUCCAGGUCCAGGCCCGGUUCCCAUCUUGCAGCAGGAGGUGUACGAUACCGCCCUCUAGGAGCACAGCGGCUUCUGCCUACUCUAUCGUUCCAAGGAAUUUAGAUUUUAUUCUAAGCUCUACGUGGGAUUUCCCAGUUCACGUUCCUUAGAUCUUUAGUGAGGAAAGACAAACCUGUUGGACUUUGAGUCACAAUCCAAUGCUGCGCCAUAAAUGUGAAGGAAGAGGGGUGUGUGGUGUGGAGAUCCCACUUCAUGACAAACUGUGAAAAGGAUGGCUGAUUAUUCCAGACCGAGCAUGGCCUAAAACAGGACAUGUCCUGUGAUUAAACAUGUCAGCAACAUUUCCCUUUACAGUCUAGACUCUAGAGGUUGUAUGUGAGAUCAUAUUCAGUAAGGUCACAUCUCCUCCCCACGGGUUUUGUCGUCUUUUGGGUUCUGGAGAGAGGCCCCCUUAACUGACAGUUGAAAAAGUGCCUACAGCAGACAACUCAGCCUAGAGAUUCCCCAAAUUCAGGCUGUGAGCUUGUUAGUUACAGUUGGAGGAGGAACAGCGUCUCUAAGAGACCAGCACUGGCGCGACUUCUGCUCCCCACCUCUUCCUGUGGCUUACAACAGUGAGCAGACGGUAUGACUGCUAGUACUGCACAUCAGAUGAGAGGAUGGGAAUACGUGGACUGGUAGCUCAGUAGGUGGAGCCCUGGACUGGGAGGCAGGAGGUUCUGGAGCAAGACACUUUACACUAGCUCCCUGGGCGCCAUACUGUGGCUUCCCACUACUUAUGGCUUAAGAUGCAGAGAUUCAUUCUCCAAUGUGGGAUCAAUAGAGUUAAAUUUUUUAUUUAAUUAUUAUAACUGGAUUCACAGUGCUUUACUUGGCUACCCAACCACUAAUGCUAUGGUUAGCUUUUCCCUUCAACAAUACCGCCCAAUAAAUAUAGAAUCGCAAUUCAAUUCUUUAUAGAACAGCACACUCGCAACUAAUAGCAAGAUGUUGAGGGCGCUUGAGCUGCUGACACCAAGAUAGAAAUGACACUUGAAGAGCUGUUAAAAAUAGAAAUAUCAGCUGUACAGAGCUGACGUGUUGCGGAAUUCAGAAUAAAAUCUGUGACAAAACAUGACCCACCUCCUCUAAGGUCUACAUAGGAAAAUUGAGUGGGCAACCCUGGGGUGGCUGGUGAUUUAUUUAGUCAUUAGAGAAACUCAGUCAAGGUACAAAAUAUAAUAUCAGGUGUACUGUGAAGAGAUGAAGGAUGGAUACAGUAUGAUUAACUGAAAAGCAUUUCCACUGGUCGCUUGCAUUUCUUAGUUUCUUUAACAUUGAAGGCUGCUACUGUUUUAAAUAAAGAUCCACUCACUUCUCCACAGGCAGAUUCAGUGACUGUAUUUCAAGCUUAGCUCGUCGAUGCCACUACCAUCUCACCCUGCUGAUUUUCAGGGUGUGUCAUCUUGGUCCGUUACAUACAAAGCUGUAUCGUAUAAGGUUCCCAGGGUUUGGGGGCAGCACACAUGACAUGCAUACAGUAACUGCCUUUUUCCUAACAUCGUUCGACAAGCUUAUUCCUGAGGACAGUGCUGUUGUUGGAUUCAGAUGACGUAAACUUGAACUAGUGCAGCAGCCUUGUAAGGCGGAGUGGGAAGAAUGCACUAUUUCACAGAAUAUAUAAUGAGUAUAUGCAGGCAUACAGACCUCAGUUAGGCCAUUUCUCAUCCUCCCCACCUUGUGCCAAAAGAGAAGACAGCCCUGCUGAGGCUGUGGUUACAGUAUACGAAGGCCAAAGUGAUUACUACAUUACCACAUAUGUAUAUUUUUGGUUGCCACUUGACUUUCAUUGUUCCCUUUUAGCCUUAAACUAACACUACUCAGUAUUUUUGAAAAAGAGGAGCUCUUGUUUCAUCUCACUCUUGUGUUUUUGACACAGGUCUCUACGCUUGGGGGUUGUGUGUAUACACACUUUGCUCUAUAGGAAUGGGGAUGAAGCCUUAACUGCGAGUUUAAGUCUGGUGAAGCUGGUCUGUCUUUAAAGGAAUAAACACUUCACUGUUAAAGCACUUUGUAUAUAAAAAGUAAUGACAUUCAGAGUUCUGUAUAUUUGACUUGAACAUAUUGAGCAACAUAGUGCGCAGAGAAUAUUGUGGCUUCCCUCAGCCCAACAUAUCACCUUUUUUGUCCAAGAAAACUUAGCCAGUGGGAAAUAACAUUCAUGUAUAAAGAUUCAUGUGCACUUUUUGUAUGUUUUUAAUAUGACACUUUGUAUUUUAUUAAAUACAUUUGUCCUUAUUUUGGUCUCACAUGUCUUGGCUUAGAUUUAGAUUUAAAAUGGAGUCUAUCAGGACAAACUACAUAAAAUGAAUUCAUAGCUGUAAAAAUUGUGUCUGCAAACGUUUCCCUCUAGGUGAGGACAUACAGUACAGUACUGUUUGCUAUUCAUCUUUUUCUAAUUCUACCCAUUAGUCACUUUAGGAAUCAGAUGGUGCACAGUGUGAGUUGCCAAACACCUGUGACUCUGUGAUUCUGACCAUACGUAGUGUCAGGCAUCACUGCCUGCGCAUCUGCCACAGGAGGAGAUGGAAACGCUACACAACACACUGUGAUUGAUGAUUAUACUAGUACACAAUGGAAACAUGUUAGAAACUAACCGUUUUGAAGAAAUUGGAUUUCAGUCAAACUUCAUACAUACAAAGCCUCAUACAAAUAUGCAAAGUGUCAGCUGUAUAUAUACAUGUUUAUCAGAGCUAAUUUCCAAUCACCUAAAUCUAAGAAAAACAAUUGUGAUGUCAUGUGUAUGUAGUUUAAAUUGUGUAUGUAAGUCACGUUGAUUCUUUUGUUACUGUUUCAAUGUGUCUGUUGUUUUGCACCUCAGUUGCAUUGAGAUUGUGUUUUUUUGUCCCAGUUUGCAAAAAUCAGGGACAACGAUACGCUGCUCCAUUUAGAUUUCAUUAAAACCACCUGGGUUUUAUUUGCAAUUGCAUAAAGGUUUUAUUAUACAGUACAGCUGUGUGUCUGCAGGUUGACACCAUAUAUUCACCCACUGCUUUGUCCAGUAUACACAUCCAACGUCUGUCGUAUUGGGUGCAUUAAUCCAUGUGCAUGUACUGUACGUGUGCCAACAGUGCACAUAGACUGGAAGUGGGGACAAAGGGUACAGUGCAUUAUCUUAAGAUAUUUCCUUUAAUUCUUUAGUGGAGGGGUUCUAGUGAAACAAUGCCUUUAUUUCGCUUCGUGCAGACAAUAGGGAGUAUGUGACACUUUAACUGCUUUUCAUUGUGUGUGAAGGUAUUUCCUCCCCUCGUGUCAACAAGCUCUUCGUUCACAGUGUAAAUGUCUAUUUUUGUGUGUGUUAACUGAAGCUUCAGGGCACAUGUACAGUAACUUUGUGUGAGUGGCCGCUUGGGUCUCUGAUUGUCUGUAACUCAGUGACUAAGAAACUGAGGCUCCCGUUCUUCUUUUUUUUGUUUUACCAAAGUAGCCCUUCUAUAUUUUCAGUUUCUUUAUGUACAUUAUUUUCUAGAAACGUUUCAGGAUUUUUCUCAUUGCCAAGAAGCUGAUGUAUAUUUUUAUACUUCACUGUUUCAUGCAAAUCUAUAUUUCCCUCUCCACUUCAGAAUUGAAAGUGACUGUGAUUCUACAUUAAACUUUAUUAUAAGGUACUAAUUUAGCCUGUGUUUAAAGUUGAACGCAUGCCCUGGAUAUACUGUAAAUCAACAUAAACCCUAAAGGACAUACCAAUUGUGACGUAUUUGUACCAGGUGGAGCAUAUCUAAUAUUUUAAGAUCAUUUUAGUAAGGAAAAUGCAAAAUCUUUGUUUUAUGUCUUACAAUUAAAAGAAGAUUUCUUAUUUAGAAACGGGACUAAUAAUAUGCACUUUUGCUGUUCCCCUGAACAGGAAACUCUGAAGAGUUGGUUGGAUGGAUAGUUGUUAUUUUAUUUGAAAUGUUGCCAUUAUUAAUUUUGAGCAGACAAGCCAUUUUUAAAUUAAGCCAAGUAGCAAUAAAAUUUUUUACUGUGAUGCUUUUUUUCUGUUUUAUUUCUAGUGUCUGUAUGACUCUGCAUUUUUAUCAUAAUUUCAUGCCAAUAAACAUAAUGGAAAUCA